AUGGAAUACGAAAAUUUCGAUACCAUUUUCGAAGAAACCAGUACGAGUUCAUGUUGUGGAGAGGCAUUCCAAACCAGAUAUAUCCCUGACUUUCUUCGAAGGAGUGGAAUAGAUUUUAAUCCAGAAGUUUUGACCGAACAUGUUGGUAAAGUGUCGUCGACUCGAUUGGUUAGACAGCGUGUGGUUAUAAAUCCUAGUAGCCUAAUUUGUGUGAUAACAUCAUUUUUUAUUAUUGAUUUUUUCCUUGGAGGACUGGCAAUGAUUUUAGUUAAUAUUGUCCCCUAUGACGAUGAUUACUCGAUGUUGAUUGCUGGAAUCCCGUUUGCGUCGAUAUCUGGAAUACUUGGAGUCGCAUGGCCAUGUUAUUGUUACUCUUCAAAGCGAAAGGGAGAAGUUGAAAUGAAAUUACAUUUAGCUCGAGUAAACAGGGUUUUAGUGGCAUCCAAUAUAUUCAUGACAUACAAAAUAGCAAGAAUGACAGCAAAAGUCACCAUAUAUUUUAUUUAUGACAACUGUCGUCAAUGUAUGGAAUAUAUCAAAGAACACCACGUAAGACAAAGUGCAGAUGAGACGAGAGUUAAAAUAGUUGAUAAAGAGGACAUCACCGAAGUAAAUGAAAGAACUUCGUUGAUUGGCGUGAACACAAGGGCUAUUGACAUUGAAGAAGAAGCUCUGGACAAGAUUUUAGAUAUAUCUGUUAGCUAUUUUGACAGGUUUUUGUCUGGAAAACUGCGCCAUCCAAGGAACAUCAGACAUUCACGUCGGGCAGUCUGUUUAUGUCAAUUUUUGUAGGAAAUAAACGAGUCAUGUAAGGGAGAGAAUACACAACAUAACAUUAUUGAAGUGUAA